AUGGGCAACCCAAUGCUCAGCUUUUGCCAACUCGCUCGAUCACAGAUUGCAGCCAACGGCAACGUCACGAAUAUCCUCGCGCUACGUGGCGUGGACCUCACCUUGUUCUUCCGUGAACGCUGCAUGGGAGACCCACACACUGUAUCAACGUGGGCUUGUGAAUGGAUCAAAGCGUGGGAUUUCCUGUCACCCGUUACUCAACUUGCAGCGAUCCAUUAUGGCGCUUCGUUCAUGCGAUGGUACAUAUUACCCUGUGCUCAAACUUACGCGACGCUCUCUCCGCUCUUGAGACCACUGAAAGAGCAGCUAAACAUUCCUCACCCAGUCAGCCUCGAUCUUGUACAUCUGCCGGUGGUGCGCCAGGCACUCUUGGCUGGGGCCAAAAGCUGGAUAGACCGUGUCACACCUGACAGUCAACACUUCAACUGGGGCCGUGGUUCAAGGGCUGCGAUCAUGAACGCCGUUCUGGAACCCGGCUCCCGGCCUGUGAAGACACUGAAGCCAGAGUUCGUCGCGCAAUGUGAUCUGGUGUCAAACUGGACGCUUCAUGAAAGCGUCGUGGAUGACUAUCCGGACGUACCCAAGGAAGUAAGACUUCACGGCGACGACGCCGAUCCGGCGAGGUUUGAACCAGAGACCGACGGCAGAGAGGACUAUCGGCCACCGGAACUCACCGCAUGGUCCUGA